AUGAAACAAUUGUGUUUACUUGCGAUUUUAAUCGUUUGUCAAGCUAAUAAUGAUCAUUAUCAAAUCACAUUAAUGAGCUAUAAUGUAAUGCUUCUACCAAGUAUAUUAGUAUUUGAACGUGAUCAAAUAACUCGUGCUCAUUUAUUAACAAAAGCAAAAUUUCUUCGUACAAGUGAUAUACUUUGUUUACAAGAAGUAAUGCAAACAAAACCAAGUGAAAUUCUAUUAGAUUCAUUAAGUGAAACAUAUCCAUAUAGUACACCAGUACUUGGAGAUGAAGAUGAUAAAAAUCAAUGGAAUGAAAUAUGGAAUAAUCAUAUAGGUAGUAAUUCAUUAAAAUUUGUUAGUGGUGGUGUUAAUAUUUUAAGUAAAUGGCCAAUUGUUUAUGCAAUAGAAUAUUUUUUUAAACAUGCAUGUAGUGCACAUAUGUUUGUUCGAACUGGUUUUGUAUAUGCAAAAAUUUUAUAUAGUCAAAAUAAAUAUCCUAUACAUGUAUUUGGUACACAUUUACAACCAAAUGAUUAUCGUGGUUGUUAUUUAUAUGGUGAAGAUAAAAUACGUGAAAAACAAAUGUUUGAAUUAAGUAAUUUUAUACAAUCAAGAAAUAUUUCUCAAAAUGAAUUAGUUUUUAUUCUUGGUGAUUUUAAUAUUAAUAAAUUUAAUACGAAACAAUAUGAAACAAUGCUUCGGAUUUUAAAUGUUCAUCCACAAUAUUUACAUUCUUCUAGUAUAGAAUGUAGUUGGGAUAGUAAAUAUAAUGCUAUGACUAAUGCUAGACAUAGUAGUCAACAAUUAGAUUAUAUUUUUUUACAUAAAGAUCAUACACCGAAAGAUUCUCUUUGGUAUAAUCUUAUUACGGAUAGAAUGGCAUCGAAACAAUGGCAUUUACUUGGAAGAAAUCAUUUAUUUUAUGAUACGAGAAAUAUUCCUUUAUUAGAACUUUCUGAUCAUUAUCCAGUUAUUGGGUUUUUUAAUCAAAGUAAACAACAAUGGUCGUCACAAAGACAAUCAGGUGUUUUAACUUAUGUAAAAUUUUUUACUGUUGAUACAAAUUUACCAGUAAUUAUUAUUGAUCGUGAAAUACGAAUAGGUACAUCAAUAAAUGACACAGGUUCAUUAUUUAUUCUUACAAAUAAUGGUACACCACGUCGACAUCGAUGUUUAAGAUCUGAACAAAAUAUUUUAUUAAUCGAUGGUACUAAUCCGGAAUUUUAUUUAUCAAAUGAAAAAUUAUUUCAAAUGAAAUAUGGUAAAGAACAUGUUAAUCGUUAUUUAAAAAUCAUUCAAAUUGAUAAUCUAUCAACAUGUAUUCAAACAAAUUCAAUAAUUAUAUUUCAAUCACGUUUAUCAACUGGUGAUUACUAUGUUAAAGAUCAUUUUUCACAAUUAUGUUCAUGUACAAACGAUAGAAAUCAAGCUCAAUUAUUUUAUUUAAUCGAAGUUGAACGUAGAAAUAUUAGUUGUGAUAUAACAUACGAAUAA